ACAAAGUCCAUAAUAAAAAGCAAUAGAAAUGAAACGGCUCUGUUUCCUUUUUCCUGCUAAUAUUUGACAACUGCCACCCAAUAACAGAGAGGCCACAGCCUUUCCUUCUUCCUCUUCCUACUAAUAAAAAUUAUAAUUAUUAAUUAUUUCCCCAUUCCUUUAUUAUUAUUUUUUCCCCUCCUCAAACAAUAAACAUUUUUAUUUUCUUUUUCAUCUCUCUCUGCGCCGAUUCUGGAACUUUUUGCUUGAAGCAAAAUUGUGAUUCUAGAGAGAGAGAGAGAGUGUGUGAAGAAAGAAACCCAGCGAAGCGUUUCCGAACAGGAGAUCCGACAAUACCUGAAUCUGAGAAUUCGAUUUUUCCCGGAAUCCGAUAUUGAUUUUCUGUGUUUGAUCGUGAAAUUGCAAUUGAAGUGAGAGAGAGAAAGAUACAUAUAUAUAUAUAUACACACACAUAUAGUGAGAGAAUGUGGUGGAUGAUGGGGGAAGGAGGGGGACAUUACUGUUCCAAGAAGACCGAUGAUAUUUGCGGCGACGUUUGUGGUCAGGAAUCGAGCAAAGUUUUGAGCAUGUCUAGAAUCCGCUGCAUUCUGCGUGGCUUGGAUCUGAAAACCUACCUCUUGCUUUUCACGCUUAUCCCAACUUGCAUCUUUUUCAUUUACGUCCAUGGACAGAAGAUCUCAUACUUCUUACGGCCGCUGUGGGAAUCGCCCCCGAAACAGUUUCACGACAUCCCGCACUAUUAUCAUGAAAAUGUGUCAAUGGAGCACCUCUGUAAACUCCAUGGUUGGGGGGUCCGAGAGUACCCGAGGCGUGUUUAUGAUGCUGUGUUGUUCAGUAAUGAGGUGGAUAUCCUCACCAUACGCUGGAAAGAAUUGUACCCUUACAUCACUCAGUUUGUUGUCCUGGAGUCGAAUUCAACGUUUACUGGGUUGCCAAAGCCUCUAUUUUUUGCUGCUCAUCGUGAUCAGUUCAAAUUUGUUGAGCCUAGAUUGACUUAUGGGACUGUUGGAGGGAGGUUCAAGAGAGGGGAAAAUCCAUUUGUUGAGGAAGCGUAUCAGCGAGUGGCGUUGGACCAGCUUCUCAGAAUAGCGGGUAUCUCUGAUGAUGACUUGCUGAUAAUGUCUGAUGUUGAUGAGAUCCCAAGUAGGCACACUAUCAAUCUCUUGAGGUGGUGUGAUGAUAUACCUCAAGUCCUUCAUCUUCGGCUGAAGAACUAUCUCUACUCUUUCGAAUUUCUUGUGGACAAUAACAGCUGGAGGGCUUCAGUCCACAGGUAUGAGAAUGGAAAGACGAGGUAUGCUCAUUAUCGGCAGACAGAUGACAUCUUGGCAGAUGCAGGGUGGCAUUGUAGCUUUUGCUUUCGGCGUAUCAGUGAGUUCAUAUUCAAGAUGAAAGCAUACAGCCAUUUCGACAGAGUUCGGUUUUCUCAUUACUUAAAUCCCAAGAGAGUUCAGAGAGUAAUCUGCAAGGGAGCUGAUCUAUUCGAUAUGCUGCCAGAGGAAUACACCUUCAAGGAAAUCAUUGGGAAAAUGGGACCUAUUCCCCAUUCUUUCUCAGCUGUUCAUCUUCCUGCAUUCCUCUUGGAGAAUGCAGAGAAGUACAAAUUCCUAUUGCCCGGGAAUUGCCAAAGAGAGAGCUAGUUAAAAUUAAGAUUUGACUUCUGUUGAUGUCUGUUUCUUCUGUAAAGGUUAGUUCAAUCUGUAGCAGCUUCUGUGACUCCUCAUGAAGGUUUCAUCCGGCAAUCGAUGACUGGUGCGUCACUGACACAGCUCUGCCUUAUGUUCAGCUAAAUUCUAUAUCAUUCUUUGGGAAGUGUUUGGGGGGGAGAUUGGAGAAAUUAUUGGAUUCUUAUAGGGUGCGGUUGUUGUACAUAACUUUUUCUUGAGUUUGUUUUUUAACUUAUUGUGGGGAAGGCCCUGCCCUUCUGGGGGGUAGAUUGCAGUGCUAAGAACAGUUUAGUGGUCAUAUAGUGUUGUGUUUUUACUUAGCACUGCAUUUGCCUUAUUAUUCCCUUGAUUGUACCCACAAAAGAGGAUGAGUAUCCCGCUUCCCCUUGCGGGGAAAUUUUGUAUGAGACAGAUUUAUCCAUAUAUUAUAUCCCUUCUGCUUAUUUGUU